CAAAGUCUCUCAUUCUUCUUGAACCGUUUCUCAGAAGCUUCGUUUAUCUUCUUCUCUCUCAUCCUUUUCCCCCUUCUUCUGCGGUUAUUUGACUUAUUUCAAUCAUAUCCCUCUUCUGCUCUCUGCUCGCUCUAAGGUACGCGCUCAAUUUUCUGAAAAAUCAAACAGAAAUGGAAGACGGCUCUCAAGUUCCUGUCUUUCUUGUGAUUUAGAAUUUAUUUUGCAUUCGGGUUUCUUCACUUAGAUGGUUAUGGAUCAUCAGUUCAGCAGGUUGACUGACUCUGUAAACAGAUUCUUGUUGGAGGAUGAGAACAUAUUUUCGAGCUUAAAACGAUCACCGGAUAUUCCAGGCAGUUAUAAUGUUGACUCUUUACCUCUCGAUAUCGUGGAUGCCCCUUUAGUUAUACAUGAUCCCAACCUUGGUAGUUAUGCUCCUACUUUGGACUCCCCAGAUGAUCAUGACUCUGAUACUGUGCUCAAGUACCUUAAUCAGAUACUGCUGGAGGAGAACAUUGAUGAGAAUCCCAGCAUGUUUUAUGAUCCAAUUGCUCUUAAAGCUGCUGAGAAUUCCUUUUAUGAAGCCCUGAAAGACAAGCCUCCCUCACCUCAUCAAGCCCCGGUUUUUGUUAACGGUUAUGCUGGAAGCCCAGACAGCAUAUUGCCAAGUUCCGGUGGUUAUAGUACAAGCAGCAGUAGCAUCGGUAGCUGUAAUGCCGACCCUCAGUGGAUUGUUGAUCCUGGAGAAUCUAAAUCCUCUGUCACUAGUUAUUCUCCUGAGUUCUCCUUCCAGACAUCAAGUCAGACUAACUCAUAUAGGUUAAACGGUUCUUUAAAUAGCUUUAGUAGUGUUAUGAAUGCCCAAAUGGACUCUUUUGUGAAUGCUAACUUGGUUCCGAAUAUAUUUAGUGAUACCGAGUCCAUCUUGCAGUUCAAGAGAGGAAUGGAGGAAGCGAGUAGAUUCCUUCCUACGGGUAAUCAGUUGGUUAUUGAUUUGGAUAAAUACUCGUUGCCUCCAAAGACAGAUCAGUUGUCUGGGGAUGCUGUUGUCAAGAUAGAGAAGGACGAGAAGGACCGGUCCGCUAAUUUCUCUAGAGGAAAGAAACACCACCAUCCAGAUGACAGUGGGUUAGAAGAAGAAGAAAGAAGCAGCAAGCACUCUGCAGUUUACGAGGAGGAGGUUGAGUUAUCCGAGGUCUUUGAUAAGGUUUUGCUGUCUACUGAUAAUAACGGUUGUAACAUAAAUGUUGAGGGAAUGGAGCAGAAAGGGCCAAGCGGUGGGAAGGGGCGUGCAAAGAAACAAGGGGGUAAUAGUGAAACCGUGGAUCUGAGGUCUCUAUUAACGAGCUGUGCACAAUCUAUUGCUGCUGCUGAUUAUAGGACCGCAAAUGACCAAUUAAAGAAGAUCAGGAAACACUCUUCGCCUACUGGCGAUGCAAAUCAAAGGCUGGCCAGUGUAUUUGCAAAUGGUCUCGAGGCACGGUUGGCUGGAACUGGGACACAACUAUAUGCAGCCUUAGCUCCAAAGCCGAUCACAGCUUCUGAGAAGUUGAAAGCCUACCACACCUACCUGUCAUUUUGCCCGUUCAAGAGAAUAGCAAUUUUCUUUGCAAAUAAAAUGAUUUAUGAAGUGGCAUCAAAGGGUCACACUCUGCAUGUCAUAGAUUUUGGUAUACUUUAUGGUUUCCAGUGGCCCAUCCUUAUCCAGCAUCUUUCUCAAAGGCCUGGUGGGCCUCCUAAACUUCGAGUAACUGGAAUCGAGCUUCCUCAUCCUGGUUUUCGGCCAGCAGAAAAGGUAGAACAGACUGGCCGUCGCUUGGCAAAUUAUUGUGAGCGUUUUGGCGUACCAUUUGAGUACAAUGCCAUAACAAGUCAGAAUUGGGAAACAAUUAAAAUUGACGAUUUGAAGCUUGCAAGUGGCGAUGUGGUUGCCGUUAACUGUUUGUUUCGAUUCAAAAACCUACUAGAUGAGACCGCGGUUGCUCACAGCCCUAGGGAUGCAGUUCUAAGCUUAAUCCGGAAAAUAAAUCCAGAUAUUUAUGUGCAAGCUGUAAUUAGCGGAUCUUACAGCUCUCCUUUCUUUGUCACUCGGUUCCGAGAGGCUCUCUUCUUCUACUCUGCUGUCUUCGAUAUGUUUGAUGCUACUUUAUCCCGUGAUGAUCAUCAGCGGUUGGAUUUUGAGAAAGAAUUCGUUGGGCGUGAAAUUAUGAAUGUCAUUGCAUGUGAGGGCAUGGAAAGAUUCGAGAGGCCUGAAACAUACAAGCAGUGGCAGGUACGCAAUAUGAGGGCUGGGUUCAAGCCUCUGCCUGUAAAACCGGAACUUGUUAAGAAGCUAAGAGGUAAGGUGAUGGCGGGAUAUCACAAAGAUUUUGUGUUCGAUGAAGACGGUCAUUGGAUACUGCAGGGAUGGAAAGGUCGGAUUAUUUGUGGCAGCUCUUGCUGGGUACCUGCAUAACAAACUCACAAGCGGUUUUCUGGUAUUUAGAGCCCUAUGCUUUUCCUCGAGAAGAUAUAUUCAAUAACAUCAAUCAAGGUACUCGUCUAGCUUCAACCUUACUCUUCAAAAAUAGCUGCUAGUCGUAUGAUUAGGCAAAAGGGGCAACCCCAGCCAAGUUGGUCAGACUGUUGAUUUAGUAACCACAAACUUACAAGUUCGACUCCCAGCUGGAGCGGCUUACUGGCCUUCUUAGUUUGAGUCGGUCAGAGGCUCAAAGCUAUGGACAAUCUAGACUGGUUUCCCUCGUCAUCCAAAAAAAAAUACAAUCUUUAGUCUUGCUGUGCUCUAACAUGCCACUUUUCUUAUUCUCUGCAGUCAACAGAAACCUGUCAAUGCAAUGCUUUUGCUUGUCCCAAUCUCACCACCUUCCCAUCCUCUGCAUAUUGUUCUGGCAUUGGAAAUGCAUCUGUGGCUCUCUGGUGAUGAACACUGAAGUUCUUUGACAAAAGACUAGGAUCUGACAGGCGAAAUAACGCUCUUUGUUCAUGAAAUUUGUGUGAUGUAGAUUGUCUUGUAGAAUAGUUUUUCAUAUUAGAUGUGUUGGUGAUAGAAAGAAUUCUGAAAUGCAUGCACCCCCCACCCCCACCAUAAAAUCACCAUUUAUUUUAGAAAAAAUUGCAUUUUUAGUUUCUAAGUUCUGGCAAAAUAGUAAUUUUAUCUUCUUGAUUGUUCUGCGUGUGCAUGUAUGAUUCGCUCGUGUCAUGAAGACA